AUGCCUCGAUUAUCCGGGCUCCUCGUGAGCCUGUUCACUCUCUUUGCAUUUCUGAGCGUUCACGCAUCCUUCACAUCGAGCUUCGCACUUGCUGAGCAAACGCAAGAUCAACCCCAACCCGUUCUCGACGAUUACUUGGAUCAAGAGGAGGCAAGAAGAGAAGCUUUCAGAGCCAAUGGUGGAAACGAUGGAGUCCAUGAGGCAUGGUCACGUCUACGUGAGUUGGACCCGUCAUGGAAAGAGAGCUAUUCCAGUCUCGUACCGGCGGACUUUGUAAGCACCGCGUGGUACUAUACGAAGGUGGUAUUGAAGGCGCUAUUCAUGAAUGCGCCUGCUAGCAAGCCGACAGAAGAAGAUGGAGUCAACCACCUGCCGCCGGCGUUGCAGACUGCCGUGGACGAACUUGAGGCUGCGACAGAGUAUGACGAUCCGGAUGCGCUGUAUCUGCUGGCUGAGAUGAACAUGCACGGCAACUUCAGCCACCCGCGUGACCCUCAGGCUGCCUUCCAAUGGUAUCUGAGACUUGCAGAACUCGAAGGAAACAGUACGGCGCAAUACAUGGUUGGGCUAUUGUAUGCGACUGGUAUUGGUGGAGUAGAGCGAAACCAGGCGAAGUCGAUGCUGUACCACACUUUCGCGGCCGAGCAAGGCAACAUUCGUAGCGAGAUGACUCUCGCCUUCAGACACCAUACCGGAAUCGGCACAUCGCGAGACUGCAAUAAGGCGGUCGAUUAUUACAAGAGAGUCGCGGAUAAGGCAAUGGACUACUGGGAAUCUGGCCCGCCUGGUGGGCUAACCUUGGCUCGAAACUCGUAUCGUUGGGUGGAACAGACCGGAGGCGCAUAUGGUGAAGGUGCGAGUGCCAGUAGUUCAGGUCCCAAUGCUCCUGCAGGUGGAGGUAUGCAAACGAACUUCGAGGACGCCCUGGAGUAUCUGAGCAUGCGAGAGUCAUCUGGCGAUCUGACAGCCACUUAUUCGCUUGGCAAGAACUACUAUGAUCCGCCUCGAGGAUACAAGAGAAACCUACGUGCUGCUCAACGGCAAUUCAUGAAGGUCGCGCGGACCUACUGGGGCAAGGAUGGCAAGGUCAGCCCGAAAGCGCCAGAUGGCAUUGACAAGAUUGCUGGCAAGGCCGCUGCCUACAUUGGUCGCAUGUUCCUGCGCGGCGAGGGCAUGGAGCAGAACUUCGAGAAGGCCAUUACUUGGUUCAAGCGAGGAAUCUCAAACGGUGAUGCCUUCGCGCAAUACCACAUGGGCAUCAUGUAUCGGGAUGGGCUUGGUGUGCCACAAGAUGGGAGCAAAGCAGGUACAUUGCUCAAAGCUGCCGCAGAACAAGGCUCAACAUUCGCUCAGUCUGCACUAGGAGUCAUGUUCCUCGAUCAGGGCGAUAUCGACACAGCCGGACGCUACUUCGAGCUUGCCGCUUCCGCGGGUUUCAUGGAGGCAUUCUACUACCUAGCCGAAUUGACCAAUCUUGGUGUUGGCCGCGACCGCAACUGUGCGCUGGCAACUGCUUUCUACAAGAUCGUUGCCGAACGCGCGGAAGGUCUGCACUCGUCUUUGCUGGAGGCCAACAAUGCUUAUGAACGGGGCAACUACGAGGGAGCCUUUAUUCCAACACUGAUGGCCGCCGAGCAGGGUUACGAGCACGCACAAGCCAAUGUUGCCCACCUCCUCGACCAGCGCAUCUCUUACCUCUCGAUCUCCUCCGUGCCGUUUCUUUCACAGAAGCCUCUGUCAAGUGGCUCCGGACUGCUCAACAACCUUGAACUGGCAUUAGUCUACUUCACACGCUCCGCCAGGCAAGCCAACAUCGACUCGUUGGUCAAAAUGGGCGACUACUACCUCUCGGGCCUGGUGCCCUCGCCUGUCGAUGCAUCGCCCGACCCAGCCUUCCCAUCGCCAAGUGCUGUUGCGCCAGAUAUCGACAAGGCGGCUACAUGUUACACCUCCGCUGCAGAAGGCCACCAUUCAGCCCAGGCUCUGUGGAAUCUCGGUUGGCUUCACGAGAACGGUAUUGGCUCCGUUACGCAGGAUUUCCACAUGGCCAAACGCUACUAUGACCUCGCCUACGAGAUGAACAAAGAAGCCUACCUGCCCGUCAAGCUCGCGCUGAUCAAGCUCCGUAUGCGCAGCUGGUGGAAUGGCAUUUCGGGCGGCAAAAUAAACGGGAUUCGUGACGAUGAAGAGGAGAGCAAGAGACCCAAGACCUUCUGGGAAUGGCUCAGCCGCUUCCUGGAGAACUUUGAGGAGAUGGACGCCCAGGAGGCAGCCAGGGCGGCGCAGCAGGGCGAGAAUGAGAUGGAUUGGCUCGCCGACCCGGGAAUGCCCGGUGGUGAUGCAGAUUACGCGGGGCGGACCGAAAGGACGGAUGCCGCGGCCUAUGAUGGCGGAGACGAAUGGGAGGAAUUCGAUGAUGGCCUGCUGGAGAGCCUUAUCAUUAUUGCGUUGGCGGGCGCUUUGGCCCUGCUCGUGUAUGCCAGGCAGCAGCAACAGCAACAGCGACAGCAGCAGGGCAGGAAUAAUGCGAACGGGGGGCAGGGCCAGGCACAGCCUGGAGGCGUGCAGCCGGUUGGGCAGGCACUGCCUGGUGCGGGUGUGCAGCAGCAGCAGCAGCAGGCGCAGGACGGUCAAGGCCCCCGUCAGGAAGACAGAGGCAUGUUCCCGCGGCCAGACGAUCCAAACUUCAAUGACUGGGCUGUUGGUGGCGUGGGGCACUGA